CUCGAAUCCUCUUCUGCUUGCGGAAAAUAUGAUAUAAUCAAAGAUGGCUUUUUGAAUCAUAAAUCAUGUUAUUUGAGAUCUCUGGCUUGAGACUUCCUCACUGUCUAUCCUCAGCAUAGCCAUUGAUCGUUAUCAAUAUGGUUCGUAAAGACGGCUCCGUGAGCAUGUCGAUGAACAUGUCGACACCUGUACUCAUAGAACCUACUACUUCGAGUGAAGCCACGGUCAAAACUUCUACAGUGAUUUCAGCCUCAAUACCAACAUCAACGAGCACCAUGGAAAUAUCGACACAAACCUUCCUAUCGACUUCAUCAACUACACCAAUUGGCACCACGAUCCCACCUGUGAGUACCAGCACCAUUCACCUCACCACAACCACCUUCCCAUCAACCACCAGCCCAAAAAGCACCCUCUUACUUCCCACGCCCAGCAUCCUCACCACUCCAGCAACACCAUCUCCAUCACCACCAGCAAAUAUAACAAUCGUCCACCCCCCACCAACAAACCACUCAGCAGCCAUACUCGGAAUCAGCAUCGGCUCCUCAGUCGCCGUUCUCCUCCUCGCUAGCAUCCUCGGAAUAUGGUACGCUCACAUUUGCUCAAGAACCAAAGCUCGACGAGAAGAAGAACACGAAAUCGCCACCAAUUCCCAAGGAACAUUCGUCGGAGGAUACAACCUCGCUCAGCUAAAAGCACAGGAACAGGCAGGAGAACCAGAACCGAAGCCCGUAGGCGUGAGAAGGAGUAACACACGAGAAGAUGGACGGAGAAACGGUGUUGUGCUCAAAGUCGUGAAUCCAGAGCCGGCACCAGCUUCCGUACCAGAAGAAAUCGAGCCGUAUCAUCAGACCGUGGAAGGCGGAGAACGAUCAAGAGCUCGGUUCGAAGCUUUCAAGAAGUCUCGAGGUAUACCGACACAUGCUAUAGAUGCCGCUACUUUAUACCACCACUCCGAAUUCCUGCAAUCUGCGACCCAACCUCAACCUCAGCCAGAGCCAGGACCGGAAACGAACGUCGAGAUCUUAGCUCCAGGGGUGAGGAGAGCGAGAAGUAAAAUCGAUCAGUGGAAGACUGGUGCUGUGGGUCCGGUUGUUUCGAUUCCUGAAGUGAAGAUAACGGCUGCUACGCCUGUUUUGGAAAAUGCUGAGUUUAGGAGAGGGUUGGGAAGGGUGCGUGGGAGUGGAAGUGGGAGGGGAAGAGGGAGAGGGAGAGAGCCGCCCCCGGUGGUGAAAGGUCCAGCGACGUUUGAAGAUAUGGGGUUGAAGCAGUAUAGGAAGGGGUUGGGGAUUGAUUUGACGCCGAGGAGUAGUGUUGCUGAUAUGAGACCUUCGAUUGAGGUCAAGAGUGGGGAGGAGCAGAAGUGAGUUGAUACGGGGUUGUUUUCGAUGUUCUUGUUUUCAACCGUGAGCAGUUUGGGGGUUUAUCAUGAAAUUCCAUGGAAGAUGCAUCGAUAUUGAGAAUGUUUGCAACUUGCUACAUUCGCAUACAUAUGUACCUAUCUACUGCUCUCAUCUUAUCCAUCGUUUGUACCAUCUGAAGAUGUAUAUGUCCUUGUGUUCCAAGGCGGCUUCUCAAUCUAUUCGCGAUGUAUACAGAAGGCACGUCUCCAGCUAGACUUCUCUGCCUUCAUAUUCAUAAUCGUCUCUGCUCUGUCUUUUCUUGUCAACAUAUUUUCAACAACCAUCAUGACUUGAACGAG